AUGCGUGCUUGGAAGAGCGUAGAUUGCUGCUGCUAUUCAGUAGAACUGACUGCAAACACACCAGUUGGGAAUCAAUCCGGUAUAAAGACUGCUGUUGUACAGCUGGUGUCUGUUCAAUGCACAGAUACUCUCGCACAACGUCAAAGUAUAUUAUUGACCCUGGUGCAGCUCACAGCAGAGACAGAACACCGAAGAGAUCUACAGAAAGCGAUGGAUAAAGAGAGAGAACAGCGCCUUGCGCCUGGGAAGGAGGAUAUGGAGACGCUGUUGCUCGCCCUCAGGGAGAUUGCAAGUGCGCCACAAUGCAGGGAGGCGGUCUCAUCAAACAUUGCCAAGCGCGUGAGCGAGGCUGCACGGCGUGUCGAGGGUGACGACACAGACGACGGGACAGGCUGCACGUCCGACGUUGAGCAGAUGAAGCAGGAAUUCCUAGAGCAACAAAGUAGGAUGACCGAAGACGGCAGGCGAUUGAGGGCGGAGCUGGAUGCCACAAAACAGAUGCUAACAAGAGCACUGAAGUGCGAAAGCAAGUCGAAGGCUGGAAAAGCAGUGUCCCUAUUGUGA